UCACAUUCAAUAAUCUUUUUAUUUGCUAGAAUAUGGAAAAGAGUAGAGGCUCAUCAUUCAAUCAACAUGAAGAUGAGUUAUUAUGUCGUGUGUAUCUAGAAAUAUCACAAGAUCCUAUUGGUAGUAAUAACCAAUCUCUAGGAAAACUAUGGAAAAAAAUACAAAAAAAUUACAAUGAGAAAAAAGAGGAGUGUUGGGAAAUUAGAAGCGACCGAUCAUUACAAGGUAGAAUGAACAUUAUUCUUUAUGCUGUUAGAAAUUUGAAGAAUAUUAUUAUUAUUAUUCCCAUAAUGCUCCCAUAUAUGAUAUUUAUUUAA